AUGUCGUGGAUUGUGCAUGGAGAGGGCCCGGGGGGAGACGAUGGUGCUCAUCGGCGGAUGGUAGGGAGGACCAAGGAUAAGUCAUUGUGGCUGGUGUGUCCUCUGUGUGGAAUGCAGACGGAGAGGGAGGCGAACAUGUAUCAGCAUUUGUGGAGGAACCAUAAAGACGAGAAGAAUUCAAGGAUGCCGCUGCUGGAAAAGAUUAAGAAUGAGCGGGAGGAGAGGGUCAAAAAGGCAGAGAGAGAGGCAGGUAAAAUUAAAAAGGGAUCCGAGGAGGAUGAAGGUGAGGUUAAGGUAAAGAUCGAAGGACAGGAGGAGGAGGAGGGUAUUAUGGAUUUGGAUUGA